GUCCGGGCGGAAGGAGCGAUGGAACCGGCAGCUGGACGGGGCGGCUUCCUUUGGGAACAGGGUGUGUGGCCGCAAAGGCCGGGGAAGGAACUCCCGGUAUCGGAGUUUGUGAAGAGCGGGGACAGUGAGCUGCAAGGGGGAAACUGGACUGACAUAGAUGGGUUUUAUAAACUCCUUUUGUAGGAGGCGAGAAGGGGAGGAUCUUCAAACUGCAAUCCGGAGAAAUGUUUGUCUCUUCCCAAUCUCCAUUCUGCAACGACGCAGAUGGGGGUUUAUAAACUUAAAAUAAUGCAGCCGUUGGGAAAGACUGAACAGAUUGGGGCCUUUGAGGAAGGGUCAUCAGUUUAAAAUGAUAAGUGUUUUGGACGGGGCCAAUAUGUAGAGAAUGUUUCCAAGUGAAAUUUCCUCACUUGGAAUGAUUAAAAUGUGGAAUUCAGCAAAUAGUGUAUUCAAAAGUAAACGAGAAUGGUCUGAGAAGAAGGGAUUAGAAAAAUAUGUCGGAAAACUGAGAUGAGGGUAUUCAGAAGGUUGUAUUUACAUCCAAGAGGUGAAACAAUGCAUCACAUCAAAAUCUGACACUCACUCAAUUAAUCAGAAUCUGGACAUUAUUGGCUUCUGAAUGUGCAGGGAGAAAUGCCUAUCUCUGCGAAAAUCAUCAGUGUGACUGCAAAAGCACUGAGACACACAGACUCGAGGGAUAGUUUGAAAGAGUGUUAAUUGGUUCCUCAGCCCGAAAAUUAAUUACACCAUCCACAACGGGGAGAGACUGUCCAUGUGAUCUGUCUGUGGACAUCAGUUUCAGUCAAUCAUUGAACCUGGAAAGAAUUAAGGACACUGACACCAUGGAGAAACCAUGGAAAUGUGGUGACUGUGGGAAGGGAUUCCGUUACCCAUCAGGGUUAGAAACUCAUCAACGCAGUCACACAGGGGAGAGGCCUUUUAGCUGCUUGGUGUGCGGGAAGGGAUUCACUCAGUCAUCCAGCCUCUACACACACCAGCAUGUUCACACUGGGGAGAAGCCAUUCACCUGCUCCGUGUGUGGACAGGGAUUUAAUGCUUUGUCAACCCUCCGGACUCACGAGCAGGUUCACUCUGAUGAAAGACCGUUUAAAUGUUCUGACUGUGAGAAGAGUUUUAAAAGCAGAAAGGAUAUAUUGAUACAUCAACGCAGUCACACUGGCGAGAGACCAUUCAUCUGCAAAGUGUGUAGGAAAGGAUUCACUCAGUCAUCCCAUCUCCUGACACACCAACUAGUUCACACUGAUGAGAGACCUUUUAAAUGUUCUGACUGUUUGAAGAGCUUUAAAAGUAAAAAGGAUUUACUGAACCACCAACGUGCUCUGACUGGGGAGAGACCAUUCAUCUGUUCUGUGUGUGGGAAGGGAUUCACUAGUUCAUCCUACCUUCUGACACAUCAACUUGUUCACACUGAUGAGAGACCUUUUGGCUGUCCUGACUGUGAGAAGAAAUUUAAAAGCAGAAAGCAUCUUCUUAAACACCAAUACACUCAUACAGGGGAGAGGCCAUUCCCCUGCUCUGUCUGUGGGAAAGGAUUCACUCGAUUAUCCCACCUGCUGAGACACCGUCGACUUCACACUGGGGAGAGGCCAUUCUCCUGUGCUGACUGCAAACAGGAAUUUGUUGAUUCAUCUGACCUUCUGAUCCACCAGCGAGUUCACACUGGGGAGAGACCAUACAUCUGCUCGCUGUGUGGCAAGAGAUUCACUCAAUCAUCCCACCUGACCACACACCAACUUGUUCACACUGAUGAGAGACCUUUUCAGUGUUCUGAUUGUGAGAAGAGGUUUAAAAGUAAACAGAAUCUGCUGAAACAUCAACAAAUUCACACGGGGGAGGGACCGUUCACGUGCUCCUUGUGUGGUAAAGGAUUCACUCAGUCACACAGCCUCCUGAGACACCAGCAACUUCACCUGCGAGAGCAGCAAAUGGAUUCUACUGUUAACUACAUCCGGGACUGAACCUUGUCUGGCUGCUCAUUUCCACCAGGUUCCACAGUUGUGUGGUAUAUAUCAAGGAUUUAGACUUUAAUGUAGAGGCCAUGAUGAAGAAAUUUGUAGAUAGCAAAGAAGUUGUGGUGGCCAAUGAGGAAUAAAGCUGUAGACUGCAUGAUGUUAAUAGACAACUCAGAGACAGAAACAUGGCUAAUGAAAUUAAUUCUGGAGAUAAUGAAUCUGGGAGGGAAGGGGGCCAACAGGGCAAAGAAAAUGCACAAUAACUGGUCGGAUACUGAGAAAUGUCAAGGCACAGCGAGAACUCAAGAGUGGCAUCCACAGAUCCUUGAAGGUGGCUGGACAGGCAGUGUUUCAAUGGAGGAUAUUUCUGCCUAUCCAGUUCUGGAUGUCAGACAACUCAGGAUGGUGUGCGAUUUGGAUGGAAUUUGGAGGUGAUAGUGUCCACAUACAUCUGCUACCCUGGCCCUUCUAGAUGGUGAAGCUGGAGAGUUUGGGAGAUUCUGUUCAAGUGCUGGUCAAGCUUUUCAGAGGGUGCCAGAGGAGGAGGAAUUACAAUCAGGGAUCACAGAUCCAGUGGCAUCUCAGUGUCUAAUGGAGGUGUCCGAUUUAUCACAACCAGAAUGUCAUUGGAUUUUGAACAUGGAAGGAACAAGGACAAUUCACAGAGAACAGAAACCCUAUGCAUGGUCUGUGUGUGGACAAAGCUUCAACCGUUCAUCUGGCCUGUUGAGACACAAGUACAGUCACACUGGGGAGAGACCAUGGAAAUGUGGGGACUGUGAUGAAGGAUUCAAAUCCCUGCCUGACUGGAUAUCCAUUGGCACAGUCACACUGGGGAGGGGCUAUUCACUUGCUCUGAGUGUGGGAAAGGAUUCACUUAGUCAUCCCAACUGACAACCCACCAGCAAGUUCACAAUGGAGAGAAACCUUUUAAAUGCACACACUGUGCAAAGUGCUAUAAAUGUUCUGACGAACUGCUGUCCCAUCAAUGUGUUUACACUGAGGAGAGACCGUUCAGGUGCUCUCACUUUGGGAAAGGAUUCAAGGCAUCAUCUGAAGUCACUGUGCACUAGAGAAUUCACACUGGGGAAGAGGCUGUUCACUGCAGUGUGUUUGAGAAGUGAUUUGUUCGGUCAUCACACCUCACAAGACAUGAGCGAGUUCACUCUGAGGAGAGACCUUCAGGAAUGCUUUACAAGUUCUCAGGAAGUGAUGACCCAUCAACGUGUUCACACUGAGGAGAUACCGUUCGGAUGCUCUCACUAUGGGUCUGGGUCCAAGCAUUCAUCUGAUUGCAUUGUCCGCCAGCGAAUUCACGCUAUGGAGAGGUCGUUCACCUGCACUGAGUGUGGAAAAGGAUUCACUUGGAAAGCCCACCUGCUGACUCACCAGCGAGUUCACACGUAACGACAGGAGUUGGACUUUGCUGUUAGUCAUGUCCAGGACUGAACCAUGUUCAUUGGUUAAUAAAUUCCAGCUCAGUUUUAACUAUAUUAUUCUGGAUAAAACUAAGAUAAACCAGCUUUGUGAGUAAACACAGUGUGUGAAAUUAUUUUUGUAUUUCUCACACAUUUGUUCUGAGUGAGUUAGUUUGGAAGGGAUGACCCUCUCCCAAUCUCUUCCAUCCGCACCAACAACACCAAGUGUGUGGAGAUCAUGGAGCUACUUUCUCAGUGAGAUUGAGAAAAUUUGAUUGGCUGUUUCUGCUGCUUCCCUUCCUCCCACUACCUCGCUGGGUAAAAUGCCUCUACAGUUCGUCCCUUUCUCCAGCUUCUCUCUGACAAAGCUCAUUGUGUCCAUGAGACCCAUCCUGUAGUCUCUUAACACUAUUCCCACUAAACUGAUGACCAUUCAAGUUCUCCAUGUUCACUGUUAUUGUUAAAGAUUCUCUCUUAUUCUCUCUCCCUCACCUUGAAAUCCACAUCCUCACCUAUCCUGAAAAAAUCCCUUCACCACAAUGUCUGAGCAAAUUACCACACAAUCUUCCACCUCCUUUCCUUAGACUUGGUGUCCCCCUGAGGAUCAUAGAAUCCUUACAGAGCAGAAAGAAGCCAUUCAGCCCACUGAGUCUGCACCAACCCAAAGAACACCCCAUUCAAACUCACUCCAUCCCCGUCACCCCACAAGGGAUUUUCCAGGGCUAACUCGCCUAACUUUCACAUACUAGGACAUUUUUUAGCGUGGCCAAUCCACCUAACCUGCAGAUCUUUAGAUGAUGUGGAAACCCACACAGAUACAGGGAGACAUACAAACUCCACAGAGACGGUCACCCAAGUUUGAAGUCGAGCCUGGGUCCCUGGCACUGUAAGGCAGCAGUGCAAACCAAUGAGCCACACUGGAUCUAUCUUUCACUCCUCAUUUUUCAGGCUACAACUAGAUUACAUCAUCUGGAAGUACUGUUAGUUUUCACAUAUCCAAUGAAAACACCAAGCUCCACCCUCACGGCCUUCGAUCUCCCUUCCUCCACUGUCAUUAAGUGAUCCGACUGAUUAUCCCACAUCCAGUAUUAGAGGAGAGGCAACAUCCUCCAAUUACAAACUGCCGAGAUCAAAGCCACCAUCUUGAAUUGUCAUUACAAAAAUAUGAUUCUGAAUUGACCCACCCUCUCCUUUGGAACUAUGAAACUGAAAGACACGGUUCACAAUCUCUGGCACAUAUUUAACCACAACAUGACCUUCUGACCGUAUGUAAUACUAAUAAUAGUCCCAGAUGUUUCAAUUCUCUUAUGUUAACCAUUGCCACCUGAUCACAGCUCAUCUGCUGGUGAAACCCUCAUCCAAGCCCGAGUUCUCUUCAGUCUUGACCAUUGCAUUGCAUUCCUGACUAGCCUCUCACCUGGAUGCAUGGGAUCAUUCAAAACUCUGCUUACCGUGUGUUUUCCCAUACCCAGCCCUGCUCACCCAUCACCCCUGUGAGUUGAUGUUUCUGAAAUUUAUCUCAGGACACUUUCCAAGCUGAAGGUGUGAUGUAAAAUAAAGGUCUUUUUAAAUCAGAUUGUAACAGACUGGAAGAGCUGGUAUUAAAUAAAUACCUGGGUAAAUGGA